AGUCAGUUCAACAGAUUCCACAGCGCGAGCAGCACUGCACUAGAGAUCUCAUUGUAGUUGGACUUUUGCAUGAUGCUUUCUCAUUCGGACUUUCCUCAGUCACAAAAAACGGAUUAACGGACCUUUUGAUAUUCGUCGAGAGAACUGGAUUUAUAAGCAGCAACACUUUUGGAUUACUUUAUUCAGGCGGCGAUUUGUUGGCGUCAGUCUCCGUUUGAUAAAGCAGGAGAGGGGCAGAAAGAAGGAAUCAGUGCCAUGGCUUUUGGCUUUUAAUUGUAAGUGUGCCAAAAAGCGGUGAGGUCAGCGCGCGCACCUGCAUCACUUUCUUCACAUCGAGCUGGAUCUUUAUUCUACAGUAUGAAGCGAAUCUUCCCUUCACUGCCGCUCUGUCUCCUCACAUUCCUGCUCCUGUCACAGCAGUGCACGGGAAUCAGAUGGCUGGCACUAUCGCAGACCUCACAACACAUCAACAAGACCCAGCACUGCAAGACGUUGCCAGGGCUCGUCUCCUCUCAGGCGCAACUCUGUAGGAGCAACCUGGAACUCAUGCAAACCAUCAUCCAAGCAGCACGGGAGGUUAAGAAGGUCUGCCAAAAGACCUUUGCAGACAUGCGCUGGAACUGUUCCUCUAUUGAUGCUCCAAAAUACCUCCCAGACCUGGAGCGGGGAACGAGGGAAUCUGCAUUUGUAUACGCACUCUCCGCAGCAGCUAUAAGCCACACUAUAGCACGUGCGUGCACCUCUGGGGACCUGAGGUUGUGCUCAUGUGGUCCAAUUCCAGGUGAAAUUCCCGAGCCAGGGUACAGGUGGGGUGGCUGUGCCGAUAACCUUCACUACGGUCUCCUGAUGGGCUCCAAGUUUUCCGAUGCCCCCAUGAAGAUGAAAAAGAAAUCAGGCUUACAUGCCAACAAGCUGAUGCAUCUCCACAACAGCGAAGUGGGCAGACAGGCUUUGCGAGAUGCUCUGGUCAUGAAGUGCAAGUGCCACGGUGUUUCUGGUUCUUGCUCCAUUCGGACCUGUUGGAGAGGCUUACAGGACCUAAAAGAUAUCGCCAUGGACCUGAAGACCAAGUACUUGUCAGCUACUAAGGUGGUUCAUCGGCCCAUGGGCACACGCAAGCAACUCGUCCCCAAAGACAUCGACAUCCGGCCAGUCCGAGAGAACGAGCUGGUUUAUCUGCAGAGUUCACCUGAUUACUGUAUGAAGAAUGACAAGAUGGGAUCUUUUGGAACUCAGGACAGGCAAUGCAAUAAGACCUCCAUCGGCAGCGACAGCUGUGAUCUGAUGUGCUGUGGCAGAGGCUACAACCCCUACACAGAGAGAGUCGUGGAACGCUGCCAUUGCAAAUACCAUUGGUGCUGCUAUGUCACAUGCAAGAAGUGCGAGAGAACUGUGGAGAGAUAUGUGUGCAAAUGAGUCGGUUCUCCAUCUCUGCAUUCAACAGCAAGAACUACAGAGAUCCAGUCACUUUGUGCCAAUUCUCAACUAAACUAUCCAAAAUUCAACUGAAAAGGUCUAGAAUCAACUCAUUUGAAGAUCUGGAAUGCUCUCUACUCAUUUUAACUGGACUAUAAUAAGCUGAAAAUUCCAAGACUUGAGUGUGUUCUAGAUUUGUUCAGAGCAUAACUUUUUGUGUAGAGCAUAACUUUUGUCCACCUAACUUCUCUGGCCACAGAUAACCAAAGCACUAUGUUACCAACAAGGCUUACGUUUUGUCUUAUGCAUUUCCAGCUUGUAUAAUUUUGAGGAGAAAUUGUUUAUUUUUGGCUUUAUGAAGAUUUAUUAAGAAACAUCAACACUGGGCUUCAUGUUUCACAGCACAAAUGAAUACGAUUUCCAUGAAAAUGCCCAGUUAUUGGUUUCACCGUCCUCAAGAGGGGUUUUCCUCAUUUUUUCUUUUAACAUGAAAACAUAUGCUCCUUUAUCUGGAUCUUAAAGUCUAUUUUCUUACACAGUACCUGGGUCUCUUCUUUUAAAGGUACAUUUUCCCUGUUUUGUCAAGAAAUUGAUUUUCAGCACUCUUCUUAGAACUAUUCUUUGGAAUCGGUCGAAGUUCCAAAGGAUUUCACAUUCCGAGUUCUAAAGGAUUCAGACCUCAAUCUAAGAUGGUACUCUUCUUUUACAAGUCAAGACUUUUUAUAAGACUGAAAACAUAAAGAAAGUGCUGAACAUGCAAAGGGAACUUCAAAUAGAGCUCUUGGAUGAGGAACUGUGAAAUGGCUUCCAUCUCUUGGUUCUUAUACUUCAGUUCUAAGCGUUUAGAGGGAUAAUACCUGCAUUUAUCCCACAUAUAUCUGCAAAGACUAUUGGAUUAUAUGUGUUGUGCCUUGUUACAUUUUUACCCAACGUAAAAGAAAAUGCAGGCAUUCAUAUGCCAAAACGUCUGAGCAUGUGAACAGAGUAUGUGGGUCACCCAUUACGCCGUGAACCACUUAUCUGUGGAUGUACAUACUGUCAUUUUUGUAUGCUGAAUUAAAAAAGAAAUAUUUAUAAACUAAUUAAAAAUCUUUACCAUUUAAA